AUUCUGCGCUUGCGCAUGGGGGGGCCGGAAACUGAAACCGGAGCGACUACGCUUCCGUUUCUGGUUUUUCUUCCAGUGUUUGGGUCUCUUCGCGGCCGGCCAAGAUGAACCGAUUCUUUGGAAAAGCGAAACCCAAGGCUCCGCCGCCUAACCUGACUGACUGCAUUGGGACGGUGGAUAGCAGGGCAGAAUCCAUUGACAAAAAGAUUUCCCGGUUGGAUGCUGAGCUAGUGAAAUAUAAGGAUCAAAUCAAGAAGAUGAGAGAGGGUCCUGCCAAGAACAUGGUCAAACAGAAAGCCCUGAGGGUUUUAAAGCAGAAGCGGAUGUAUGAACAGCAGCGAGACAACCUUGCCCAGCAGUCCUUUAACAUGGAGCAGGCUAAUUACACCAUUCAGUCUCUGAAGGACACCAAGACCACGGUUGAUGCCAUGAAAGUGGGAGUAAAGGAAAUGAAGAGGGCUUACAAGCAAGUGAAAGUCGACCAGAUUGAGGAUUUACAAGACCAGCUGGAAGCUAUGAUGGAAGACGCGAACGAAAUCCAGGAAGCACUGGGUCGCAGCUACGGCACCCCGGAGUUAGACGAGGAUGACCUGGAAGCAGAGUUGGAUGCGCUGGGCGAUGAGCUUUUGGCUGAUGAAGAUAGUUCCUACCUAGACGAGGCGGCAUCUGCCCCUGCAAUUCCAGAAGGUGUGCCCACUGACACAAAAAACAAGGAUGGAGUACUGGUGGAUGAAUUCGGACUGCCGCAGAUUCCAGCUUCUUAGACUUGCAGUAUUCCAGCACCUGAUGUAAAAAAACAAAGAAAGAAAGAAAAAGAAAAGAAAAAAAUUCAUAUUCUGGGACUAGGAAAUAUUUCCCAACUUGCCAAACAGACUUAAGUUUCUUUCCUUUCUUUGAAGGAAAAGCUAAUUACACUGCUCUUGGAUUUUAAUUUUUUUUUCCGUUAAGAGAUUCAUUGCUUGGGGGAAGCUGUCUUUUACUAAAAUUUGAUUCUCUUUUUUUCUCUUAGGAAAGACUAACUGAAAAGUCCCUUUGACUUUGUAUGACUUGUUUUCAUUCAUUAACAAUAAUUCAAAAUAAAACCAAGGAGAUGAGACUGUACGUUCUUCGGUAGUUUAAGUGCAGUCCCAGUGUGACUUGAUACAUUGAUAAGAUGAAGAUCACUAAAGAGAUUGAGACUGUUGAUAGUAUGCUUCAAAACCAUUGUCUGUUGUGGGGUUAGAGGUCGCUAGCUGACGGCUUUUUUUGAUAGGUUUUGCUGUGUCAUGUGAACGAGUCGUUGCUGUCUAAUGUUUGGAAUAAACUCUCACUACUGUAUCAGGAGUUGCUAUUUUGAUCCCAUGGUUCCCUCAGUAUUAUAGCCUGACUUGUAAUGAAUAAUGGAUAUUUCUUGAUAUUUAAUGUAUAGGACAUUUAUUUAUACUCAAUAAAUAUUUUUCAAAAGGA